GUGAGCGCCGGGGAGACGCCGGAGCAAGACGAAGCCGGCGGCCAUGGGGACCCAGACCUCGGAGGCGGGGAAGGAGAUGAGGGAGUGGUGCGUCGCCCUCCCCAAGGUGGAGCUCCACGCCCACCUCAACGGCUCCGUCCGCAACUCACCCUCCUGUCAAGAACUAGCAAAAGAACUAGGUGACAAAGGAGUCAUUGUCUUUGAAGAUGUUAAGGAUGUGAUCAAGAAGAGUCUUAAGUCUGUCAAAGACGUUGAUGUUGUUCUAAACGAUGAAAAAUUAAGUUGUACACCAAUGAGUGAUUUGGGUGGCGACGCAAAGAGAAAGAAGAUAUAUGUUAGGCUCCUUCUGAGUAUUGACCGUCAUGAGACAACUUCUGCUGCAUUGGAUACUGUUAAUUUAGCCAUGGAAAUGAAGGACCAGGGUGUAAUUGGCAUUGAUCUCUCUGGCAAUCCAGUUGUAGGGGAAUGGGAGACAUACCUGCCUGCUCUAGAACAUGCUAAAGAGCUGGGAAUCCCCACCACAAUUCACUGUGGUGAGGUUAGUGAACAACAGGUACCAAACAGGAAGGAGAUCCAAGCAAUGCUGGACUUCUGCCCUCAAAGGCUGGCUGACCUCUACAACGCGAAACACCCCCUGUCGAUAUGCACCGACGAUUUUGGCCUCUUUUCGACGAGCCUCUUGUUGAACGAGUAUUACCUCGUCGCAUCUACCUUCGGUCUUAGCAAGGCCGAGCUUUUUCGGCUAGCCCAGGGCGCGGUGGAGUUCGUGUUCGCGGGCGACGAGGUGAAAAGCCUUAUCCCCUCCCUCGUUGCCCCUGCGUACGACAGGGAGGGCACCCUAGCCACCACCGCCGGUACUCUCCCAUCUCGUCUACUCCACUGCGGGCGGCCGUCCCCUGCCGUGGCGUCGACGGGUGGGGGUGGCGGCGCAUCAGUGGGGGUGGGCUUCCCCUCCUAUGCGCAGGUUCGUGAUGCGUUGGCCGGCGGCUGCUCCUAG